AUGGCUAUGAAGAUUCCAAAGUCCGGCUACGGCCGAUUCAUGAAGGAGGGAGCUCAGCACUUCAAAGGAACCGACGAGGCCGUGCAACGUAACAUCGAAGCCUGUACCGAGCUCGCCUCACAAAUUCGCUCCGCCUACGGCCCAAACGGAAUGAACAAGAUGGUGAUUAACCACAUCGAGAAGCUCUUCGUCACAAAUGACGCCGCCACCAUUCUCAAAGAGCUCGAGAUUCAACAUCCAGCCGCCCGAAUCAUCAUUAUGGCCACAGAGAUGCAGGAGAAGCAGAUCGGAGAUAACACCAAUACCGUAGUGAUUCUUGCGGCGGCUCUUCUGGAGCACGCAUCGAAUCUCAUCAAUAUGGGAAUGACUCCACAAGAGGUUGCUGCUGGAUACGAGCAAGCCGCUGAGAAGGCUCUUGAAAUCCUCCCAACUUUGGUGGUUAAGGAGGCCAGCGACCUUAAGAAUAUGGAUGAAGUCCGCCAGUACCUUCGUUCAGCUAUCACCUCUAAACAGUACGAUAACGAGGAUAUUAUCGCUGAUCUUGUCGCAAAGGCUUGUGUUACCACUUGCCCAGCCAACAGCUACAACUUUAACGUUGACAAUAUCCGAAUCUGUAAGAUUAUUGGAUCCGGAGUUAACACCUCUCGAGUUAUGAACGGAAUGGUGUUCAAACGAGGAGCUGAAGGAGAAAUUCGAUCGGCCAGUGACGCCAGAAUCGCCGUGUACACGUGUUCCUUCGAUUUGACUCAAACUGAGACAAAAGGAACUGUUUUGAUUGAGAAUGCCGAUGAGUUGGUUAAUUUCUCGAAGGGAGAAGAGUCAGAGGUUGAAGAGCAAGUGAAAGCUAUCGCUGAUAAUGGUGUUAAGGUCGUUGUCGCCGCCGGAAAGUUCGGAGAUCUCUACCUCCACUUCCUCAACAAAUACAAGAUCAUGGCCGUCCGUCUCACCUCGAAAUUCGAUCUCCGUCGUCUGUGCAGAACCGUCGGCGCUCAGCCACAAGCCAGAAUCUGUGCUCCAGCAGUCAACCUGCUCGGACACUGUGAUUCAGUGGCUGUUCAAGAGAUUGGAGACGAGAAUGUAGUGGUUUUCGAUAAGAACUCAGAGACCGGAAAGGUUGCCACAAUCAUCAUUCGUGGUUCCUCUCAAUCCAGAAUUGACGACGUCGAGCGCGCUGUUGAUGAUGCUGUGAACACUUACAAGGCGCUCUGUAAAGAUGGGAAAUUGCUCGCCGGAGCUGGAGCCGUUGAAAUCGAAUUGGCUAAGGAAAUCGAGUCUUAUGGAGCAAAGGCGCCAGGACUUGAGCAAUAUGCUAUCAAGAAGUUCGCGCACGCCCUCGAGACUCUUCCAAAGGCUAUCGCUGAGAAUGCUGGUAUGCCAACGACGGAAACAUUGACGAAGCUGUAUGCUGAACAUGUUGCUGGACACAAGAAUGCUGGUAUUGAUAUCUGGAAGAGAGAAGUGAUGGACGCCGUCGCUCACAACAUCUUCGACUUGUACGCCGGUAAACGACUGGCUAUCAAACUCGCCACCGAUGCCGCCGCCACAAUUCUUAAAGUUGAUCAAAUUAUUAUGGCUAAACAAGCGACAGGAGGUCCAAAACCAAGAGGGCCAAAGCAACAGGAUGAGGAUGACGAAGGAAUGGCUUAA